GCACCGCGCUCUUUGUGGAAAAAAAGUCAAGCUGCGUGGUGUGAAGAGCUGCCCGAGUGCUAAUUAAGUAACUUUUGUACAUUUCUACCGGUUCCGAAUCAAACCCACAUCUCCCAUCCAACAUGGUGUACCAGGUGAAAGAUAAGAACGACCUCGAUGGACAGCUGACGAAGGCAGCCGGCAAGCUGGUGGUGCUGGACUUCUUUGCCACCUGGUGCGGACCCUGCAAGGUGAUCUCGCCCAAACUGACUGAGCUGUCCACGCAGUACGCCGACAACAUCGUCGUCCUGAAGGUCGAUGUGGACGACUGCGAAGACAUUGCCAUGGAAUACAACAUCUCCAGCAUGCCCACCUUCGUGUUCAUCAAGAACGGCGUCAAGGUCGAGGAAUUCGCCGGAGCCAACGCCACGCGUCUGGAGGAUGUCAUCAAGGCCAACAUCUAAGAGGGCACACACACGUCUGGCCGUCCCCUUGAUCCACCUAUGAGUUCUCUUCAUAACAUUUAGUUAAUUAUUCCAUAAGUGCAGGGUUUGCUCAGUUCCCGAUGCCCCCAAGUCACUCGGAGCUGCAGUGCAGCUGCCAAGUGGCAGCAUCUAGAACCGCAACAAAAGUGAGAAACUAAGUGGCUUUUAAUCGUAAAAUUUGCUUAAUUAACAAAAACAAUAAAUCACACAAAGAUUGUUCACUUUUGUAUUGAAAACAUUAAACGAACGCAAUUGUAGCCAGUUGUCCAAGAGUAAAUGCUAUUAAAAUAAAUGUAAUACA